CCUCUAAAACCCUCCCCUGUCAUCACCCAAAUCACAUAAACCCUAAUUUCCGCCAUCUCUGCUACACACCACCCCUAGACGAGCAAGAAAGAGGAGAGAGAAAAUGGGUAGCGACAGUGAAACGGAGAAGUCAGCGCACAAGGAGAAGAAGAAGGCCAUAGCUCUUGCUCCCAUUGCUAAACCUCUUGCCGGCAAAAAGCUCUGCAAGCGGACCUACAAACUUAUUCGCAGAGCUGCUGAGCAGAAGUGCUUGAAGAGAGGAGUGAAGGAAGUUGUUAAGAGUAUCAGACGCGGUCACAAAGGAAUUUGUGUGAUUGCCGGAAACAUAUCCCCAAUCGAUGUGAUCACUCAUGUUCCGAUCUUAUGUGAAGAAUCAGAAAUUCCUUACGUAUAUGUUCCUUCUAAAGAAGAUCUUGCAAGUGCUGGGGCUACUAAACGACCAACCUGCUGUGUUUUGGUUCUAAACAAGCCAGCAAAGGGGGAAUUAAGCCAGGAAGAACAAGAAAAAUUGAAAUCAGAAUCUGAACAAGUUUCAUCAGAGAUCCGUGAAUUGACGUCAUCUAUGUUUUGAGAAGCCUUUUGUUUGAAUGUGAAGAUGAUCUGAGAAAUGCUUAGUUUGAUUUUUGAACUCGUUUUUCUUAUGUAGUAAUAUAAUUAAUGACCAGAAACAUGGCUCUGUAUCAUUUUUACAUGGUAAGAAUAUGCCAGUUACCGUC